UUGAACUACCACGUGACCAGAUUUUCCAUGAGAGAACGGAAACGUGAAGGUCAAGGUCAUUACGGAAAAAUUACUAGGAAAGGGUCGUUCUUUAGAUACUAAUACUGUGAAAAAAUCGAUAAAUAAACGCGGAAAGUUGUUAAUUUGGGAAUAAAAUAAUUAAUAUCAGGAGUGAAAUUUUAAUUUGACACUUUUUUGUUGCAAAAAGACACUGAUCAAUUAAUAAAAGUAACGGAUUCAAUUGGAUUUUGUAAUUUACAAAUUCGACUAAAAAUUGUGCAUGGCCGAAAUGGCCGAAAUGAACAAAUUGUCGGCUCAAUUAAGAACUAUUAAACGGGCGCAAGAAUUAGCGCGAGUCAAAGCUGGGAAAGCCAGUGAGACACCGGGAAAUCCGGAUGAAAUCUCAGAAAAUAUGAAUUGCGAAACGCAAUUAAAUAAUGAACAAUGCGUUUCACCCGAAAGGGUAAACAAUGGGGGGAAUCCCCAGUCGCUAGAACGAGAUGCUGGAGAAAUUCCAGAACGAGGCUCGGAGCACAUGGCGGCAUGCGCAGACAGCAGUGGAUUGUGGGGAAGGAUUUCCUCAAUGGAAGAAUCUUUCCGGAAACGGGAAGAAGCGCAGACGGAAAUCUUAGCAAAUAUAGUGCUGAACGUUGCAAAAAUGCAACAAAAUAUGCAAAAAGAAAGAAAUGGCCAACAGUCGAUUAUGACUGCAACGGAAAGCAACACCCCUGCUACAAUAAAUCACGAUGGAUUAGACGAAUUGUUAAGUGAAACCGAAAGUACGGUAACGAGUGGUGACAACGUUGACAAUGAAUUUUUGGCAGACUUAAUGAAUGACUAUGAAACUAAAACGCAGUUUGGGCCUAACGUAAAUGAGACAUUAGGGAAACUUGUUUGCAACGCUAUCGACAGUGCGUUGCCAGAAGAAGAAGACAAAAAAUUAAGAGAAAAAUACCUAAUCCCGGAAAACUGUCAAAACUUGAGAGUUCCCAAAGUUAACUGGGAAUUAUGGACUGCAUUUAAGUAAAACGAGCAUCUGACUUGGCAUUGCAAUCAACACAGAGCUAUUUGAGUUUAGCAAUUGUACCAGUUAUUAAAUCUCUUGAACUGCUAAUGGAAAAAGGGGACAUUAAGAAAGUAAAAGAGUUGACCAAAGAUACGUUCAGAUUAUUGGCUCAAGGCAUUAAUGUGGCUAAUCGAAAGCGUAGGGCUCUUAUAAGACCAGCAAUACCAACAAAGUAUCGCAAGGUGUGUGAAGGGGAAGAAAAAACCACACAAUUUCUCUUUGGUAAUGACUUAGACUUAAAGGUGGAAAAUUGUGAGAAGGAAGAAAAGCGUGCACAGAAAUUAGGUGGCCACCAGAAUAGUGUCACAACAAGUAAAUCGAAGCCUUUUUUAGGCCAACGAUUCCCGAAAGGGAAUCAAUUUCAACCACCGCAACAGUCGAAUCAAGGCAAUUACAACCCAUCAUAGGGGAGAAAUGCCCAUCGAGGAAAAUUCCAGGCCCAAAGAGGGGCAUAUUACAGGAAGAAAUAACUUUUGAUCAGUCACUGUCUUCAGAAAAUAAUCCUCGACAGAGUGAAUUCAGCGGUAUUGAUUGCUCCAUUAUGGCCAACACAGGUGUGGUUCAGUCAAUUAUUACAACAGAUUUGUGCCCAGUCGUACAUUCUACCAAAAC